AUGGCGACUUUAUCCCGGGUAUUCAGUCCGGCUGGCCUUACGCUUGCUGCUACUCUGCAGUCAACCCUUGCCAUCAAGCUGCUACCCAGCUACUAUGGCUCGCAGAAUAAUCUGUCUUCGGCAGCAGUCAUCUUUUUGGCCAACUACGCCAUGGGUGUGUUCUUCUGGGCCGUCAUAUACCCUGUCCUUCUGAGCCCACUGCGCCAUAUCCCCGGUCCACGGGAAGUCGUCAGCGUUGGUCGCCGUUCGUUGACUGUCAAGGAAGGCGCUGGAGGCGACCUCUUUGCGGACGUGGUCAGAAAGUAUCCUGGGCAGCCGCUGAUCUCGCUGAAUACUUUUCGGGACCAACUUAUGAUCGCCGAUCCCGCCCUUCUGCCGGAAAUACUUGUUCAUAGGUGCUAUGACUUCACCAAGCCCAGAAAGACGCGCGUUUUCCUGCGUCGGGUUCUGGGAGAGGGCCUCGUCGUUGCAGAAGGAGAACAGCACAAGUUUCUUCGCAAGCACUCGAUACCGGCCUUCAACUUCCGCCAUGUUAGGAACUUGUACCCCAUGAUGUGGGACAAGGCCGAGUUGUUGACCACGGUUCUGAGGAAAGAGAUCGCUGGUGGAGACCGCAACACUGAUAAUGCUGACCCUUCGGUCGUCGAGUUGUCAUCUUGGGCGAGCAAGAUUACGCUGGACAUCAUGGGCGUUGCAUGCCUAGGACGCAACAUCAACGCCGCCGAGAAGUCGAGCGAUCCGCUGCAGAAGACGUAUGAGGCCAUUCUCGAGCCGACAAGGGAGAAGAUCCUCUACGCCGUCCUCUUCUUCGUCUUCGGGCCCACGUUCUUGCGGUUGCUGCCGUGGAGGAUGCACAGGAUCUUUGAACAGCUCACAGGCACCCUGGACAGCAUCUGUGCGCAGCUAGUUCAGGACAAGAGACGGGAACUCUCUACGGAGAAGGAGAGUGGGGAGGAAAGAGGCGAACACUACGACAUUCUGUCACUGCUCAUCAAGUCGAGUAACUUUACCGAUGCAGUCUUGAAAGACCAGCUUUUGACAUUCCUCGCUGCCGGCAGGCACGAAACUACCGCAUCAUCUUUGACCUGGGCCUGCUACCUUUUGGCCAAGCACCCCGACCUACAGACGAAGCUACGCGAAGAGAUGACAGAAAACCUCCCCGAACAUCCUGGCCAGUGUUCGCAGGGUGAUCUCGCCAUCCUCCUGGAGCAACUACCCUACCUGAAUGGCGUUAUACACGAGACACUGCGGCUCUAUCCCACCGUCCCGUUGACCGCCCGCGAGGCUAUCUGCGAUACGAGGCUCGGCGACCAAUUCGUACCAAAGGGGACUAUGAUGGCCAUCUCCAUCUGGCAGAUCAACCGAUCUCCGGAAUUUUGGGGGCCCAGCCCGACAGAAUUCCGCCCGGAGCGCUGGAUGGAGUCGAAUGGGAAGCCAAACCAGACAGGAGGCAUGAGCAGCAAUUACCACUUCAUGACCUUCUCGCACGGGCCGCGCAGCUGUAUCGGACAAGGAUUUGCCAAGGCCGAGAUGCGCUGUCUGCUGGCUGCCAUGAUCAGGUCCUUUUCCUGGGAGCUGGCAAUGGACGAGUCCAAGACGGCACCGAGGGGCAUCAUCACCAUCAAGCCGGAGCAUGGGCUAAAUCUCAAGCUGACACCACUGUGCUCUUGA